AUGGCAAGCCCGCAGGAAAAUGACACACGUACCAAGUGUGCCCUAUCGUCCAACAAACUCCCGGAACUCCGCGUUUCGUCACCACAGGACCAGCCUCCUUCCUCGCCGUACAUGGAUCCCAGCACGGGCAAGGCUAUUCCUAUCGAAGAGGGCGACUGGAGGCGGACUGGCGUGCUUCCCAAACAGGCACAGUCGGAUGGCGAAUCGCAGAAUGUGGACGACAAAAACGCGCUUGAUCCAAACCAACUUGAUUUCGGUAUUGAGCGACAAGAGAGUCGCCUUCCAGAAGAGGGAGAAAUCACGUUUUGA